CCCGCCCCUUCGCUCUUAAUGAUGGCGUCACUUUGAGGUCCGCCGACAGAGUUAGUUAGCUAGCUAGCUGUUAGUUGUGUACUGUAAAGCUUUCCCGACGGGCUCCAAGUCGCUGGGCGAGAUUAUCUCACGCGUUACUUCCCAGAAAAUGUUUGUGUAAACGAAGCUGAGAUGGAGUCACUCUCGAAUUCGAUGCGGUCGAGAAGAACACACCGCGACAUUUAUCCGGCGAACUUCAAAUCCGGCCAUUUUAGCUGUUAGCUAUGAAUGUCCAUGUAGGUAAGCUGGUUGUUAGGUUAGCAGGCUAGCAGCCAAGCUAAUUGCUGGUCAGUUGUACAGUUAUACGUUAAUCCGUCGGCACUGACAGUCUGUUAGACGAAAAUAUUUAUUCGUAUGAUUCUGCUUUCUGGAGCACUUGUAAUUCUCAAAAAGUGUCGUUCUAGCAGCUCACAGUUGUCCAGAUAGCUGGCCAGGUAGAAAUUAGCUAACGUUACAUUAUUUACUUUACCCGUGGCUGCCAGGUUUCUGACCAGCUACACUGCCUUUGCUUUGAAUCUUUAAAUGAUCGGCUGAGUUGGGAGACUGGCGGAGGCUGGUACUUGGUCUAAUAGUACUUAGUCAGGAGUUUACUUCACAUAACAGUGAGUUUAGAGCAGAAAGUCAUUGAAAACGCUGCCCCCUGGACGACUGUCUGCUGAUAUCUGAAGGAUAGGUUAGUAAAGAGUUGCAGGCAAUCCAAGGGUGUAAGCUUUAAUGGGGAACAGAGUCGUGAGAGGUUCACAGAGCUUUAGGGCUUUUGUCAUGCUGCUGGCAGCUGUAUUCUUUAGUGGCCUUUUGUGUGCCGUUGUUGUUCAAGAUGGUCAAGCCAUGUCUGCUGAAGAAAAGGCCCAAGUCAGGGAACAAAUUCUGGAGAUGUUUGAUCAUGCUUAUGGCAGUUACAUGAAAUAUGCAUACCCAGCAGAUGAGCUGAUGCCACUGAGCUGCAGAGGGAGAGUUCGAGGAUUGGAGCCCAAUCGUGGUGACAUCGAUGAUUCUCUGGGAAAAUUUUCUCUGACAUUGAUUGACACCUUAGAUACACUAGUGCUGCUAAACAGACUGGAGGACUUUGAAGAGGCUGUGAAAAAGACUGUUAGAGAUGUAAGACUGGACAAUGAUGUGGUGGUGUCUGUCUUUGAGACCAACAUCCGUGUUCUGGGUGGCCUUUUAGGGGCACAUGUGAUGGCUGAUCUGCUGAAGCAGCGGGGAGAGAGGAUGCAGUGGUACAGGGAUGAGCUGCUCCAUAUGGCCAAAGACCUGGGCUACCGCCUACUGCCUGCCUUUAAUACCACUAGUGGCCUUCCUUAUCCAAGGGUAAAUCUGCGCUAUGGGGUUGUGAACCCUCUCUCACGCACAGGCACUGAGACAGACACCUGCACAGCCUGUGCUGGGACCAUGAUCCUGGAGUUUGCGGCACUCAGCCGACUGUCUGGGGAGUCAGUGUUUGAGGAUCAUGCUCGGAAAGCUCUGGAUGUUCUCUGGGAGAAGAGACAGAGAGGAAGUGAUCUUAUGGGCACUGUCAUCAACAUUCAUAAUGGAGAUUGGGUCCGCAGGGAUAGUGGUGUCGGUGCUGGAAUAGACUCCUAUUAUGAAUACUUGAUGAAGGCAUAUAUUCUGCUGGGAGACAAUGUGUACCUCGAAAGGUUUAAUACUCACUACAGUGCCAUUAUGAAGUAUAUCAGCCAGCCACCUUUGUUGCUCAGUGUGCAUAUGCACAACCCCACAGUGAAUGUGCGCAGCUGGAUGGACUCACUGCUGGCCUUCUUCCCUGGGCUGCAGGUCUUAAGGGGAGAUUUGAAGCCUGCCAUAGAGACCCAUGAGAUGCUUUAUCAAGUUACCAAGCAGCACAAGUUUCUUCCUGAGGCUUUCACUACUGAGUUCAGGGUUCACUGGGGUCAACACCCUCUGCGACCAGAGUUUGCUGAGAGUACUUACUUUCUUUAUAAAGCUACAGGUGACCCGUACUACCUGAAGGUGGGACAGUCUAUAGUGGAGAAGCUCAACACUCAUACACGAGUUCCCUGUGGCUUCGCUGCAGUGCAGGAUGUAAGGACGGGCGCACAUGAGGACAGGAUGGACUCCUUCUUCCUGGCUGAAAUGUUUAAGUACCUCUACCUGCUCUUUUCUGAAAAGAGUCACUUGCCUUUUGAUAUUGAUGACUUUAUCUUCACCACUGAGGCCCACCUCCUCCCAGUCUCUCUGUCUACUGCACAGCCUCCUUGUGAAGGCAACAACACAGACCCAUACAGUACUCAAGUGGAGGACCUGUUCACACAUUCCUGCCCCAGUGCUCAGACCCUGUUCCCCAACAACCCCUCCUUUGCCAAGACCAUCAGGGACAGUUAUAAAUACCUCACUGGGGUGGGCAGAGCACCCCACACCUCUCCUGUCAGGGGAAUUGAGCUGCCUCUUCAUGAUACUGGUAUGGAACCAGUGGAGUUCCUGAAGAGCAUGGGCAUCACUCUUACUCCUCUUACUGACAUGGCAGCAGCCAGCAGCGCUUCAAGGACCCAGGAUUCUCAAAAAGGUGUGUAUAGAGUGAAGCUGGUGGCUGAGGUCAGACACACACCUGAAGAAGAGGAGGUGGUGCCACAUAUUGUGCAGCUCAUCUCUCCCCCAUUUUUGGGUAGAACAGUACUAACAGCUGGUCCAGCCAAAUUUGGAAUGGAUCUAACAAAGCAGGAGCAUGGGGUGAAGGGUAGUAUAGUGAAGAGUGUUCCAUACACAGCGUGUGGGCACAUAGAGAACCCAAUAGAGCUGCAGGGACGCAUAGCACUGGCCCUGAGAGGAGACUGCAUGUUUGCUGCCAAAGCCCGAAGACUACAGGAGGCAGGGGCCAUUGGAGUCAUUUUCAUAGACCAGCGAGAGGACAGCAGCAGUGCUGAGACGCCCCUGUUCCAGAUGGUGGGAGAUGGGGAGUCUACAGAUGACAUCACAGUGCCGCUAGUCUUUCUGUUCAGCAGAGAAGGAGCUAUUUUGACUGCCGCGCUACAUGAGCACCAAAAUGUGGAUGUCCUACUGCUGCCAAAAGAGAGACAGCUUGGAAAGGAAAAAACAGAAAAGCUGAACAUUAAGUUCCGGCUGGCCAAGGAGGGUGAGCUAGAGGACAGCGAAGCAGAUAGCGCUACAAUCCGACUGGUACUGGAGAGCGAUGUGGAAUCUGAGGCUGAAGGAGAGACGUCAGAGGUGGUGCCCCCAUACACCUGCACUGCACCCACUGCAGCAGACCACCAGGAACCCUGCAGUUCGGAACAGAAAGACCCCAAGAGUACCCCUUGAAACUGGGCUCUAUCUGGUACCUCGUCCCAUUGACUGACAUCAGGGCCGCUGCUGGCCUGUGGCUGAUCCAGGAUCAGAGAACACAGGCAGAAUACAGCAAGAAAUGUCCUCAUUAUGUCCUGCAGACGUGGGCUAGUCGAACGAGCUCUGUAUAUGCAGAGUCUCGCACAGAUGGUUAAACAUUUUCUCCCCUCUUAUGCUAAAGGAAGGUGUUGUGUAGUUUGUAGUUACUGGGGCUGUGUACUGAUGUAUAGAGCGAGAAGGAGGGGUUCUCAAAGCUGUAGUCUUACUCCCUACUGCUUGGCCUUGUCUCAUUUGUGCUGCAGUGGUUGGUUUUGGUUAAUUUUGGUGGUUAACAGGAGCAAGAGCCUGUGUUAGAUUGCAGUUAGCAUAGUCUGGAGGAGCGCAAUGGGCAUCCUGGUACAGUAGAGCACACUCUCAGGCCACUUCAUUCCAUUGUUUAUUAUUGUUAAUAUUAUGUUUGGUAAUAUUUUUUUUGCUUUAUGCUGUCAGUAGGUAGAAAGGAGCAGAAAGACCUCUUUCUGCUGUCUGUGUUGUCAGAGGCAGCAAAAUAGGAGGAUGCGGUAAUAGCAAUGAGUCAGUUUUUUCAGUUAUGUCCUCAUUUUAAGUGGCCUGAAGUCUCUGGGUUGUCCUGAGACAGGUCACCUAUGACCAAACCUGAACGCAGUAUUGUAUACAUAGGGAUCACAGUGAUUAUAUGAGAAAGAACAGGCCAGUGUGAUGGACUUUCACGUUUAUGCCACAUUUUUAUCAUGUACUGUAACAUCAGGGAAAUUAAAGUGCUAAGACUUGAACAUGUGUGCAUGUCCACAUGCGUGCAUAUGUGUUUGUGAUAAUGCGUAAAUCAGUAGGCAUCUGUGAAAGGCUUCAUUGUUUUUACACUACAGAUCAUUGCUUAUGUCAACACUUAGUUUGUGUAUGUGUGUGUAUUUUUCAUAUACUGCCGAUGCAUUAGUCUCACUCAUACAGGGUCAGUGGCGAAGGAGGCUUGUGACGAUCAGAUAAUUGAUGGUAGUCUUGAGAUUGCAGCAGAUUUCACUUUUUAGUUAUUUAUUUUUUUACUUAGUACUGUUUCAUGUUUUCCUGUUUCUUACCCUCCUGUACAACUGUAUCCGCACAGUACCCAGGUGUUGUCUGGAACAUUUCAGUCUUUUGCAUUGAAGCAGAUCAUGGAAAUUAAUUAGCGACUUUUAACCUCAUAUCUUUCCCGUUAAGCCCUAAGCGCACCGACCUUGCACUUUGGCACAUAGACACUUUUCCAGCAGACCAACACAGCAAGUCUGCAUGUGUGUGUUUGUGGCUUACAGCCUUUUUGUGGAUUUCAAUGCAGGGUAACAUCACAUUUACUGCUUAGCGAAACCUCUUGAAGCUUGGUUUCAGACCUUCUUUUUGUAUCCCAGUGGAAUCACUUACAAACAGAAAAGCUUAUUGCCGUUUUUCCUCAUAAGUCUUUCAUCUUGUCUUUAUGUUCCCCCCCAUGAGAAUCCUUAGCUUUAGUACAUAACUUUGAAUCUAUAAAUAAUGAGGUGUAGUUUGCAGGGUUACAGCAUAACCUGAGAAAUAUUGCAGUGUUAAGUGUACGUUUCUGGCACUUUUAACACUUGGGAUCAACAGAGUUGCAUCGUUGCCUUUUAUUUAUUUGUCAUAAGCAGGAAUAGCUGGCUGUUUUAUUUUUCACCUGUUCUCAAUGGGACGUCAACCUGUGUACCUCUAACAAGGGCUUGCUGAUGACCAUUUUACUACCCAGAGCAGAUAAAACAGAUAUGAUGGAGUUCUAUUUAUUUCUUAAUAUAUUUUAUGUAUACUUGAGACAAAGUUUGCCAUUUAAGGUUGUUGAUUUUAAAGGUGAAGCACUGAUGUGAAGUGCCAGCGUGAUGUUCUAGAGCUGUAAUGGAGAAUGACAUAGUGUCUAGGCUGAUGGCUGAAGAAAGAAAGAUCACAAUUUGCCAAUAAAUCAAGUAAUAACCCCAUUCUUCUUGUGAACAGUGUUGUUCCUCAUGUAUGUUUCAGUAAUACUUUCAUCAAAAGUGAUAUUUUUACACAUUUGAUGUGUCAUUUAAUGAUUGAGUCUAAUUAGCUAGAAAUUUGUGUUAUUAGUUGUAUAGUUUUGAUUCAGUUGUACUGGAAGAACUUAAAUCUCACUCUCCAUUUCAAGUAAUAAAAAAUUCAUGCCCAGAAAUAUAAAGAGUUUCAUUUAUAGUCUGCAUUGAAUCACUAUAGUUUAAAAAAAAAAAGACAAUUCUGAUUCUUAUUUGUCGCCUGACGAUUCUGAAUUUUGACUGCACAAUAUGACACUAAUGGAUUAUUUGAGACCAUUUGUUUUGGUUCUCAAGCAGGAUGGUCCCUAGUUUAUUCUCUAUAGCUGAAUUGUUCAUUGUCAUCCCAUUUAAAGCACUGUAAGGAUCCUACAAUGCAAUGGUGAAAAACCUACUUUCCUCUCUCAAACAUUCAUUAAACUGUUUCUUUUUUUUGCUUGUUUAGCUAUUGUUUUCCUUGAACACUGUUCGUUCUAAUUCUAUAAAAGAGGUUCUGUUGCUCAGCUGGAGAGAGGAUGGAGGAGGACCUAUAUACUUUUGUAAGUGCUUUCAAACUAAAACUUCAUUAAUAACUUUUAAGAGGAACAGUUUGUGAAGUGCUACAAAUGCAUAUGGACCUGCUAAUGCUAAUGAAGAACUCUUCCACACAAAUAUAUAAAUCUUCACAUCACGGUGAAUUUUCAGAUAUUACAAAAUAUGCACUUUUAUUGUAAAUAGGUGAAUAUCUGAAAAAUAUGGGCAUUAUUUUGUCAGUGUUUCAUUCAAUGCAUUCAAACCAAAUCUAAAGACUUCAUGGCCCAUAUGCAAAGGAAAUGUAUUAGAUAUAUUUUUUUUAAAUGUGUCAAGUGUAAUAUUUAUUAAAAA